ACCGUAACUGAGUUCACGUAUCGGUUUCCAUCAACGACAGUUGUUUCUGCUGCUACUUUGUCAACGCAUGCUGCUCCUACUACAACAUCAUCAUCGUUAAUAGACGGUAUACAAUCAAACGGGAAAUAUAGCCACCCUGAAGAAGAGACCGAAGAUGAGACUGAUUGGCUGCCUGGUUGUGAUUUGGAACAUUGGCUUGUCGUUAUGGAAAAACCAGAAGGAGAACCUACUAGAGAUGAGAUCAUCGAUACUUAUAUCAAAACACUCUCUAAAGUCCUCGGGAGUGACGAGAAAGCAAGGAUGAGAAUCUACUCGGUCUCAACUAGAUGCUACUAUGCUUUUGGUGCACUCGUUUCAGAAGAAUUGUCGUACAAGAUCGAAAAACUGCCUGGAGUGCGCUGGGUCCUCCCUGAUUCUUACUUGGAUGAAGAAAAUAAAGAUUAUGGAGGGGAGCCUUUCAUCAAUGGAAAAGCUGUUCCUUAUGAUCCCCAAUACCAUGAGCAAUGGAUUCUUAACAACAAUAAACGAUGCGCCAGAGAAAGAGACAGGCAACAUAACCCGUCACCUGGUGGAGAUGUGCAGCCUAAUACGGGAGGCAUGCAACAUAAUGCACAUGCACAAAACGACAUGGGAGGUACACCGGCACCAAAUGCAAACUUGGGAAGUGGGCUAACACCUAAUGUUAGAUAUUAUAACAACGAUAUGCCCAACAACGAUGGUGGAGAAUGCAGACAUGCUCCUAAGCAAAAUGGAGGUAUGUCCUUCCAAGGAGGAACAUCUGAAGAUUUUAACAGCAAUGGAAAUUAUCAAUUGGGCCGGGAAACAAUUGCAGAUAAUUGA